AUGGUGGAGGAUCAAAAGGAAACGACGAGUUUCACGUUUGAGAUAGAUAACUUCUGGGAGAAGGAAGCUGAUGUGAUACAGUCUCCUAUAUUCUCCAGCGGUGGUGGCUGCGAAUGGUAUGUUGACGUUUAUCCCAAAGGAUACGGUGCUGUUAAAGAUCACUUGUCUGUGCACUUCUGCGUUGCGACUCCUGAAUCACUCAGACUUGGAUGGAAAAGACGAGCUGAUAUUUCACUCGUUCUUUUAAAUCAAUCAGGCAAAGAGCUCUACAAAUCGCCUAAAUAUUGCAACUUGUUCUGCGCUCAGCUGCUAAAACGGGGUCAUUCAAGGGUUUCCUCUCAUAAGAAGCUUAAAGAAGAAGGGCUUCUGGACAAACUGAUCGUUCAAGUCGAAAUAAAAGUAGUUGAGGAAGGGGAGAUAACUGGGAAGGAGAUGUUAGAUGUCCGUGGUUUCCAAGUUCUUUACUCUCAGGCUACUUCAGCGACUCGCCUUUUAGAGGGUCACCCGGACAUUGCAGUAAAUUUCAUACCAAAAAUCCCAUUGGUGAAGACAGCGUACAUGAGUGCCCUCCUUGGUCUUGUCGAGACACUGAACAAGCCUCCAGAAAGCUUCACCGAGACUGAGCUAAAUAAAGCUAAGAUGGAGUUGAAUGAGCUAACAAGAGCGGGGUUUAAGCUAGACUGGUUGGGUACAAAGCUUGAUGAGCUUUCUUCUUAUGACAAGGAUCAGAAAGCAAUGCUGACGAUGGGGAUUCACUAG